AUGCCGCUGCCGCCCAGCGUGCUCCGUGCUCGAGCGAGGUGCGGCGCGCGCCUCCCGUCUUGCCAAGCCAAGAAGAAGGAGAUGGCGGGGAGGCUGCAGCUGCACGAGCGAGCCCGACAAUGCCGUCGAGGCCCCCAGCGUCUGCGAGGCGGCCUCGCCCCCAAUGGCGGCGGGCAAGAGCCGCAUCCUUCUUAUUAUUCUUGUAUUCGUGUCAAUACUCUGAAGUCUUCCACUGAUGCUGUCAUGCAUAAACUGAUGGAUCUAAUAUGCGAAAAUGAGCUCUCUGCUGUAAUCAAUGGUUUGGAGGUUGUGGAGCUGAAUGGUGGAGAGCAACAACAUGAACGGGGCUCUCUGGUCCACAAGUGCCCCUAUCGGGGCCUUGAAAAUGUUUUGUUUGUUCAGGGAUCAGGACCACAUGUGCUGCAUUAUGGUAGCCAACCAGAUCAAGCUGUUAAGGAAGUAGUUGUGUAUGUUCCUGGUGUUUUAGCUUGUAGUUCACAUGUUGAAAAGGGUGAUAAGGUUGCAGUGUCAGUCGCUAUUGAGCAGCCUGUCAAGGAAGAUGGCUGGGCUGUGGGCAUAACACGAGGAACUGUUUUACAGGGAUUGCAAUCAGGCAAGCUUGUUUUUCAGUGGAUGCUUUUAGUUGUGCUGCAAGGUUUUUUCAUUGAUAAAGAUGCACAUUAUGAAGAAAGGAAGGGUUUGUACAUUGGUCAAGGAACCGCUGCAAUGUCAAGGUCUGCGAUAUUUCGUGUUCCUCAUGGGAUUGCAGUAGAGAUGACUGAGAGGGUAUACAAGCUCCCAUCUUUCAACGAUGUGCUUGAAGGGGAGAUAUUUCUUCAAAAUUUACCAAGUGUUGUGACUGCUUGUGUCCUUGAUCCCCAGUCAGGAGAGCGAAUACUAGAUAUGUGCGCUGCUCCUGGAGGAAAAACAACAGCAAUUGCUAUCCUUAUGAGGGACAAAGGAGAAGUUGUUGCCCUUGAUAGAUCUCACAAUAAGGUGAUGGAUAUUCUAAAGUUGGCUUCUGAGAUGGACUUGAGUUGUAUUAAAGCUUAUAAACUUGAUGCCCUCAAAUCUGUACGGAAAACUGAUGAAGCAAGAAACCUUGGCAUGGCUGAUAAUCACAGUGAAGCAGUUGAGAUACCAACAGAGGACCCUUGCCAUGCCACAGUAGAUGGCAGAUCUACCAGUGUAGAUGAAGACAACUCAACAACAACAGUGGUGCAUUCUGUAGAUGACAACCUAAAUGCCAAAAGAUAUAUUAGCAAGGCAGAACUCAGGAAGAAUUUAAGGCGGAUGAAGAAUGGACCUGGAAGAAAUAAUUGCUCUGGUGGUAGAGUUGAAAAGUCAAAAGGAUUUUAUCCUAACAGCUUUGAUCGUGUCCUCCUAGAUGCUCCAUGCUCUGCGCUUGGCUUGAGACCUCGGCUCUUUGCUGGUGAGGAAACUCUAGAAUCGCUGAAAAAUCAUGCGAAGUAUCAGAGGAGAAUGUUUGAUCAAGCUGUCAAAUUAGUUCGUCCUGGUGGGGUGAUUGUUUAUUCAACGUGUACUAUAAAUCCAGGGGAGAAUGAGGCUUUGGUGAGAUAUGCAUUGGAUACCUACAAAUAUCUGUCACUGGUAUCACAGUUUCCGAAAGUUGGAGGGCCUGGUAUUGUUGGUUCGUGUGAGCUGUUCAACAAGACAUAUACUGAAGAAUGGUUGAGAGAGGAUGAAGCUGAACUUGUUCAGAGGUUUGAUCCGUCAUCAUCAGUGGAUACCAUUGGUUUCUUCAUUGCGAAAUUCAAUGUUGGAGAGAAAGAUGAAUAA